UCCAAAGGCAAUAUCGUCAACGUGUCAUCUGUUUGUGGAAUGCGAACAUUUCCAAUUCUGCUCGCGUAUUGCAUGUCAAAAGCUGCCUUGGAUCAAUUCACCCAAUGUGUUGCUGUUGAUUUGGCUGAUCGAGGUGUGCGUGUCAAUUGUGUCUCACCUGGUGUGGUCGAUACGAAUUUUCACGAAAUCACACUUGGCUUCAAUAAGGACAGCGUUGAAUACGCGGCAAUAAUGGAUCAAUACGCGAAUAUCCAUCCAAUGAAAAGAAUUGGCCAAACGGAUGAAUGUGUGAAUGCGAUCGCAUUUUUGGCCAAUGAAAAUACUGCUGCCUUCAUCACAGGGACACUUUUAACAGUUGAGUUAUCCAUUGUUGAGCGUAUGUUCAUUAGCUUAAUUUGA